GGAGGAGGAGGAGAAUGCCAGGAGCAGCAGCAGCAGCCGCCGCCGCCGCCGCUAUGCUCCCAGCUCAGGAGGCUGCUAAGCUCUAUCACACCAACUAUGUACGGAACUCCCGGGCCAUUGGCGUGCUCUGGGCCAUCUUCACCAUCUGCUUUGCCAUCGUCAACGUGGUGUGCUUCAUCCAGCCCUACUGGAUCGGGGACGGCGUGGACACUCCUCAAGCGGGCUAUUUCGGGCUCUUCCACUACUGCAUCGGCAACGGCUUCUCCAGGGAACUGACCUGCCGGGGCAGCUUCACGGACUUCUCCACCCUGCCCUCCAGCGCCUUCAAAGCUGCUUCCUUCUUCAUCGGGCUCUCCAUGAUGCUCAUCAUCGCCUGCAUCGUCUGCUUUACCCUCUUCUUCUUCUGCAACACGGCCACCGUCUACAAAAUCUGUGCCUGGAUGCAGCUCACCUCCGCUGCCUGUCUUGUACUUGGCUGUAUGAUUUUCCCUGAUGGCUGGGAUUCAGACGAGGUAAAACGGAUGUGCGGUGAAAAGACAGACAAGUACACACUUGGGGCUUGUUCAGUCCGCUGGGCAUACAUCCUGGCUAUUAUUGGAAUCUUGGAUGCCCUGAUUCUCUCGUUUCUGGCAUUUGUGCUUGGUAACCGACAAGACAGCUUGAUGGCAGAAGAACUGAAGGCAGAAAACAAAGAUGAUGGAAAUGCUUAAAACAAACUAAGGUAGUAUGAGACGGAAUCAUUUCUGCUAAGCCAAUAUUCUCUAGAAUGAGCACAAAACAACAUGAAUAACAGCUUUUAUACAUCAACAUCAAAUGCAAAGAAGCUUAGGAGAGGACCGAAGAAAGAGAUGAAUGUGGACAAGUGUGGAACAUCCAACUGUCAAGAACUUCGUUCUAAAUCUGGAUCAGCAAACACAGAAGAGAUUCCUUGGAGGGAGGGAAGAGGGGAGAGGGAGGGAGAGAGAGA